CAGCCCUGGGCAAGAAAAUGGCUGCCUUCCCCCUGGAGCCUCGGUUUGCUAAAAUUAUCCUGUGUUCAAAAGAGCUUGGAUGCACGGAUGAGAUUCUGACAAUAAUAUCUAUCUUGUCUGGUGAUUCCGUGCUGUACUUCAAUGAAAAGCAGAGGGAACGUGCCGCUGAGGUUUGGAGAAAAUUUCAGUCAAACGAAGGAGACCACGUGAUGCUGCUGAAUGUCUACAAGGCUUACAAGAGUGUCAAAGGAAACAAGGCUUGGUGCAAGGAAAACUUUGUCAACAAGAAGAACAUGCUGAAGGUCAUUGAGAUUAGGUCCCAGCUGGCUGACCUGUGUGUGAAAGCAGGUGUGCCAUCAAGAUCAUGCGGCCAGGAUAGCGCGGCAUUUCGAAAAUGCCUGGCAUCUGGUCUCUUUACCAAUGUUGCCGAACUUCAGAAAAAUGGAGAUUACCUAACGCUGGAUGCACGCAAGAAAGUCCACAUUCACCCAUCAUCUUGCCUAUUCUCAUCAUCACCAGCAUGCGUGGUGUUCACUGAAAUGGUCGAAACAACCAAGUGCUACAUGAGGAACUUGACUGUGGUGGACCCUGACUGGCUGCCUGAUGUUGCUCCACAGUAUUUCAAAAAGAAGCGCCUUGGUGCCAAAGCACUGUCCUGACCAGACAGGUA